CCAUUUUGAAGAGCCUUUUGUUGGUGUUUUGUGAAUGUUUUUCAUUCAAUUUCAAAGUCAGCAAUUAGCAAAGUAGUAGUGAAAUACUACAGAUAAGUUCAUUUAAAUAACAAAUGAUAAGCAAUUAAUUUUCAUUGGUAUUUAUUCGUUGUUCAACUUAUAAGUGUUUUGUCAAUUGUGUGGCGCAUUGUGAUAAACCGGACGCAAAAUAGUGAAAUAGACCAUUGUUCUUGUACAUAGUGUUUGUGAAAAGUAGCUAAACUUAAGAGUUUAAAUUCCCUUCGUAUUUAUUUCUGUAAAUAAAUAUAUGAAUGACAUUUACGUCGCGCCUGAAGAUUACCUACGUAUAAUUUUGAUUGGCCACAAGAUGGCCGCCAUCAAAUUGUCGCUCCGCCGAAACCCGCUUGUGAGGCCCGAUGUGUCAUCCGUGAGUGAACACCUUGCGCGCAUGUUAUAAGUUGGCGUCUCGCUUCGUAGCCGAAUUUCCGGCCGCUUCCAGCGAGAUUCCAUUUAGUAAAAUGGAAUUUCGCUCGGGGCGCCAAAAUAUGAUGGGUGUUGACAUUACACAAGUAACCUUACCGUACCGUUACAUAGACGGCCGCAACAAAUAAUUUACACAAAAAUGAUUGAGCCGGACGACGUUGGUAAAGAAGUGUGGACGCGAUGGAUUCUUGAGGCGAUACAUAAAAUUCGCUCUCAAAAGCAGAGGCCUAGUGUUGAAAGAAUAUGUCAUGCAAUAAGACAACAUCACAAUUAUCACGAAGAUGUUGUUUCGGAGCGCUUGGAAAGAGCUGUGCGCGAUGGUACAGUGUUAAAAGUGUACAACAAAGGGCAGAGUACAUACAAGGAUCCUUGUGGAGUGCAGAAUAAGCUGCUCCGGAUAGCGCCAGAUACUGAUAUAUCUCGGAUUCUGGCAAAAGCUGUGCGUGAGCUAGGUGAAAGAGAUGGUUCCAACUUGAAGUCCAUUGAAAAACAUUUAAAACAAGCAUAUCAAGUGUCAGUGGAAGAAAAUGUGGAUGUGCGUGCUAUUUUGAGAGCUGCUGCUAAAAGAGCAGUGGCUAGAGGUCUGCUAACUCAUGUUGCAGGAAACUAUCAAGUUGCAGAUAGAGCACUAGGCUCUGGGGAACGCAAACACAAGAAAAAUGCUGAAUCUGUUGAGAAACAAAUAGGUGGUGUGCCCGUGUGCUCUGAGUGUUUAGGAACUGAAGUGAGAAAUAGAUUGGAUGCAGCAGAGGCUCUCAUUAGCUGCUUCCAGUGCAAGUCUUAUGCUCAUCCCACCUGCCUUAAUCUGUUAGACUAUGUUAAUCUAACAACUGUCAAGAGUACUCGUUGGUGUUGCGGUGACUGCGCACAGUGCGGCACGUGUGGAUCUCGCGGGGAUUGGGCAGCCCGCUGCUCCUCCUGCACCACUCUCGCACACCCGCGCUGCCUGCUGCCUCCUUUCUUGUGUGAUACAUGCUCAUCGCACCCCGCAUCGACUAUGGGAAGAAAAGAACAACCCAAGAAACGGAAACCGAAAACGCCGGCACGUCGCGUGGAGUCAGACGACGACCCCUCCGAUGGUAAUACCUCACCAUACAGCCUCACGUCCGAACAGAGAAUGUCGAAGGAGAAGCAAAAGUUCUUCAGAUUCUCGGCAUUUAAUAUGGUGAAACGGCGACGGAAAGAAUCCAGUGAUUGCGAGGGUUGGGACGACUCCAAUUGGGGAGGUGUCAGAGUAACUCGAGUCCAAAGUGUACAGUUGUGCCUAGAGAGACGAUCCCCAACCUCGUCUGAGGAUUCCUCUUCCAGCUGUAACGCUUACCCCGACCCCGAGCCUCCAAAACUACCGACAGUUUUUGAACGCCUUGCGACACAGCACGAUCAAGUUUGGGGCUUUGCCGCCGAAGCUCAGAAACAAUGUUUGUUGGAAAAAAAGGAAACUCGCGAGCCGCCCCCGCCGCCUUCGAAAAAUGUCGCAGCUGAUAUCAGGCACAGGCGGAGAAGUAGAUGUAGUGAUAGAUUACUGUCGACUUUAUUUGAUGGUCUCUCGGAAUUUUAUUCUGUACGAAACGGGUCAAGAUCGCAGUCCAGACAUCGCUCGCGACACAAUACUAUUCGAGAAAACAGUGAAGAUAGACAGGUGCUUAAAGAGACGAGAAGUACAUUUCGACGGUAUCAGGAGUCAUUGCAAAAGGAGACAAAAAGCAAUAUUAGAAAAAGUGAAGUUAGAGAAUCCAUAGAGAAAGAAGUGAAAUUUGAAGUAAAGGACUGCAAUGAGAAAGAAGAUUUGAAAAGUGAGAAAUUGAGUGCUAGUGAACUAGUUCGGAGGUUGGCUGAGGGGAAGCGACGGACGUGCAAGCCGCCCGCAGAAGAAAUGGAGAAACUAUUGUGCGGAAUUGCGCUGGCGACGAAGCCGGCCACCAAUCAGAUGGAAGCGAAACGUCUUCCUGCGGGCGUCACGGAAGCUGAUGCGGAAUUGUUUGCGUCUGCGCAAGCAGCUAGUGGUGGUGAGCUAGAGGGGUCUAAUGCUAGAUGUCCCUCUGCUAUAGAAUUUGGGCAGUGGGAGAUUGAGACCUGGUAUUCUAGCCCAUUCCCUCAGGAGUAUGCCAGAUUACCUAAGUUAUUCCUGUGCGAGUUCUGUCUGAAGUACGCCAAGAGUCGGGCUGUCCUGAUGCGUCAUUUGGAUAAGUGCUUGUGGCGACAUCCGCCCGCCACAGAAAUAUAUCGUUGUGGUGACAUAUCUGUUUUCGAAGUUGACGGCAAUGCUAACAAAAUAUAUUGCCAGAACUUAUGCCUCUUGGCGAAGCUAUUUUUGGAUCAUAAGACGUUAUAUUACGAUGUUGAACCAUUUCUUUUCUAUGUCUUAACAAAGAAUGACAGUAAGGGUUGCCACUUGGUAGGAUAUUUUUCAAAAGAGAAGCACUGCCAGCAGAAGUAUAAUGUAUCAUGUAUUAUGACAAUGCCUCAGUAUCAAAGACAGGGAUAUGGAAGAUUCUUGAUUCAUUUUAGUUAUUUGUUAUCAAAAGAAGAAGGCCAACCAGGAACACCAGAAAAGCCAUUGUCUGAUCUAGGAAGAGUGUCUUACCAUGCUUAUUGGAAAUCUGUUGUCCUAGAGUUUUUAUAUGAGCAUAAACACAAACCUUUUACUUUUGAAGAUAUUGCAAUUGUGUCAGGAAUGCAUAUGAACGAUAUUGCAGUAGCUUUUCAGUUGCUUGGUUUUAUUAGGUACAUACCUAAUGAGGAUUCAUUAAGACUGGGAAUAUGUGUGGAUUGGAACAGAGUUGAAAAUCACAUGAGGAAAGUGAGAAAUCAGUCUAGAUUAGAGAUUGAUCCAGAGUGUUUGAGGUGGACACCACUCUUAGCACCAACAGUUAACCCAUUUAGAUCUCCUGAAGAAUGUUCAGCUGAUCAAGAAACAGAAAAUGACGAAGGAGAAUUAAAGACUGAAAGUGAAAACACAGAAACUGAAUCAGAAGCCCAAGUGAAAGAUGAUGUUAAGGUGAAUAAUGUUGAUAACAGCACAGAGAGCUCAGUUGAAGUUACAUCUUCUGGCAGAAGAAGAACAAGGCCUCUUAAAUACAGUGAAAGUACAUACCAGACAACACCCGCUGUUACAGAGACGGGUAGAAAAAGAAAACGUGAUGUCAAUAGAAAAAUAUCUGAAACAAUUGAUGAAACUAAAAAUUCAACUAAUGAAGGAAUUAGAAGGCCGGGAAGUAAGAGUGUCGCAAGACGUUCUUCAAGAACAAUUGCCUCUGACAAAAAUGAAACUAUUGAAAAUAACCCAGAAAGUGUUCAAAUUGCCACAUAUGCUUCAGACAGUCAAGAGAGUCAAGAAAGUCUCGAAUCUCAGAUUAGUACACCUGCCAUUAACAGGUUUAAGACAAAGAGAAAACUUGCUUGGAGAGGACGACAAAAUAAACGUAAAAAAUUUAAUAAGACCAAGGGCAGUGACUCACCUGAACCAAAGAAGUCUAAAAUUGAAGAAAAUGAUGCUAAUGUUUCAGAACCUUAUGAAUUUAGUGAAAAAGAGGAAAUCUCGCAAUUAGACGCUCCAUCCCAAGUUGCUGAGGAUCCAAAAGUUGAGAAGAAAGAUAAGACCAAAAAUAAAGAUUCAGAUGCGAGUUCGGAAGAUUCGUCAGGCGAGGCAGAUGACGAAAUGGAUGUUGAAGAAGCUGAGGACAAAAAGAGUGUUGCAAGCAAACCAGCAACACCUCAACCUAUUGAAGAUAACAGCACAGAUAAUCAUACAAGUGAUAUGGAGUUAGAUAGUAUACAUAUGGAUUCUCCUAAAUCGUUAGCAGAGAAGGAUGAGAUCAUAAAUGAAUCAUCAACAAAUAAAUCCGAGAUUGAAACACUUGAAAAUUUUUCAAAUCUAGAUAUGAAUAGCAAAGAAGUGGAGACUAUUUGCAAUAUGAAUGAGGAGAAAACAGAGGAAUCAAUAAAUAAUGAAGAGACCAAGUUGUCGUCUGAAUCUGUUCUAGAUGAUAAAGACACCAUUGUCAUAUCUGAAUCUGAUGAUAACAACAGCCAGAGUUGUCCCUUACCAUCCCCAAGAUGUAAUGAUAUAGUCCCAGUAGAACACAACGAAAGUAAACCAAAAGAGCUGGAAGAAAAAGAAAGUCCAUCUAAAGUGAUGCCGGUUGUGACAACGGAAAAUGCUCAUAUUGUUCUUGAUGCUAAGGGUCCAGAAAUUACAAUCACAAACAAGCAACCUGUGGAGCUUAUCAUACCUAAUGUCAUGCAAGCUCAUCAAAUUGAAACUAUUCUUGUUGAGGGAGAGUCAGACACAGCUAUUUCUCCACAAAUUGGAAUAUCUCCUAAGAAAUAUGACAAGUCUGUCAUAAGCGGAUCACCGCGUCAAAGAAAGUCGCCUGAGAAAAAAAAUUGUGAAGCUUCUGAACAAAAAUGCUGUGAACAAAGGAAAGAGACAGUAAUACAACAUCAAACCAUAGAUGAGUCAAAGAACAUAGAAAAGAAAUCUCCAAAUAAAAUAGAGUCUAUUAUUCAAAAUUUAGAUCCUCACAGAGAUAUUGCAAACACAAUCAGAAGGUCUGAUCCUUCAAGAACAGAUUCAUUUGUUGAUUUGAAUUCAAAAUUGCAGGUUCCAACUACUAAGGAUGAUAUUUAUAGAAAUGAAACUCUAAACACGCGUAAGGAUGAUCUAGUUCUUUCACGAAGUAUUAUUGAAACAAACAUGCAAAAUUAUCAAAAUGCUAUGAGUAAUUCUAUAACUAUCCAACCCAUCAAUACCCAACAUUCAUAUAUGUCCCAAAGGCCUAUAGUAACUAAAGAAUCGCAAGGUGUACAGACAGAUAAAGCUAUGAUGAAAACAAGUGAGCAGAAUAGAGUUCUUAGUAACAUUGAUUCAACACCUGUAAUCAGCAAAAGUACCACUAAACUGGAAGUUCCUCAUCCAAUAUCCUCACCAGUAGUCACUCCAGUAAUUCCUAAAGUUCCAAAUGUAACUGACAUAAACUUUUUACCUCGCUGCCAAAGUGCUAAUGCAGUUGUUAAUUUGGGAAUGGACAGGCCAGAAAUGGACUCUAAUUUCAAUAAUAGCGCAUUACAAAGCCCAUUGGGGGGAUCUAUGGAAAUUGUUCAAGGGUCACAAGAAAAAGUUGACCCAAAUCAAAGGCCAAGAGAGAAGAGUAAGCUACGAGAUGUAAGGGUUAAUUCUGCUCAUAGUAAAUUGGACAAACCUGAUAAGAAGACAACUAAAGAGACACCUCGAAGCACGCCAGAACAGAAAAUGUUUUUUCCAGAGCAAAGUACGAGCUCGCGGAAGCCGGAGACCUCAGUGCCAAUAAAUGUGAUCAAUUCCGUAGCAGUUACGAGCAAAUCUGAGAGCAAGAAUAGUGAGGCCCCGAAAAAGCAAGAUUUUUUUAAGAAAGAAAAAUCAAAUUUAUCUAAAUGUGAACCUAAAAAUACCACCACAAAACAUGACAAGAAUUGCGCAUCACAAAUAAACCUUAAAGCAGAUCAAAGUGAACUAAAUAAAUCUCUGUCUAAGUUCAAAUAUGACAAUGAAUUGGUUCCAAAAGCAGACUAUACUAUGAACCAAAUACCAAAUUAUCAUACAACACAUCCCCAGUACCCGCAGUGGCCGCCGUGGGACCCCACGAGGCUGCAGACCACUUGGGAUCAUAACAGAUUCUUGGAUAUGAAAAAUAACGACAAAACUUACCUGGACAAGUUCCAAGGCUUCAAUUUGCCGCACUUAGACCAAAUGCAGAAGUCCCCGCAAAAGUUGCAUCCAAAAUACGACCAAAAAGAUUUUCACAAUAUCGCGUACGGCGCGCUGACUAGUGGUAUAUACGCGACUCAACUUCCUCACUUUAAGGAAACAACAAAAACUCCUGCUUCUAAAGCCUCGGAGUGUCCCCAAAAAAACGAUUGCAAAACGAAGCAGACUAAGACAACUACGGCGUGCCAGACGCAGUGUGAAAGCAAGAAACAGGCAAACGAAGCGCAGAUGAAGCAAAUGAUGCGGCAAGUGAAGCAGGCGGAAGUUGUGACUAGCUGCGCGGAAUUUCGGCAGCAGUCGCCACAGGUUAUGACUUCACCGGGCUGCAAAAGCUAUCAGAAUGGGCCGUGUCAUGACAAAGAAAUAGAGAAAAAAUCAAGGCAGAAGAAAGAUGAAAGUCCAAAAGAGAGUAAAGAAGAAAUGUGUGAGGCGGUCAGUCCUGCACUGCAGUCAAUGGGUGUUUAUACACCCGAUUCCACAAGUAACUCAGUGCAUUCUGUGCAGUAUCCGGCAUGUGAACUAGAUGUGAGUCAGUUGGGGCUGGAAUCUCCCACUAGCAUCGGAUCUGAUCUGGCGUCUCCAUGCUCCAUGAUGCACAUGCACCCGGCGCCGAGUCCGCAGUACCCUCACUCUUCUAUUCACAUACCAUCUAUUAUGAGCCAGCCUAAUCAACCACCUAAGCAGCAGAAAAUUAAUAACAGAAACAGAAGCAGCGCGAGCAGCGGUAGCAGCGCGGAGAGUAAAAGUGCGCUGCGGAACGCGGCGACUCCACCCGCCCGGCAUCGAGCGACGCCUCCUGCGCAUCACCCGCACGGCGUGAUGCAGAGCAGCAGCGGCAGUAGUGGAGGCGGCUACGGCGGAGGAUACCUCGGCUUCCAGCAGCAGCAGCAGUACCACGCGGGAUGGCCGCCGUCCUGCUCGCUCGCCAAGCUGCAGCAGAUGGCUGAUGCACCGCAGCAUCCACCGCACACGCCCCCCGCACAGUAUGGACAGCAGGCAGGCACUCCGCCGGGCGGUCACUACCACGCCACCAAGUACUACGCGCCCGCGCACAACCAGCUCGACUCACCGCGGAACACGCGCAACACUACCAGUAACCUGAGUCCAAUGCAGCAUGUUCAGAUGGGUCCUGGUUCAAGAAUGUCUCCAAACCUCAACACCCACAUAAUCAGUCAAUAUGGACUCAACGGGUACAGGAUGCCUCAACAACAGUUCAAUAAUCUGCCCGUCCAGAUGAUGAAUGUCCAACCAGCCGUGCAAUACCCAGCGCCUGACCCAAGAGCUCAGCAGCCCAAUGUGUACGCAUAUGCCGGAUACAUCAACCCUCCACCACCCCUUACAAUGCAAACUUUGAAUUCUACUAUGCGUCGGUAGCCUCGACCUAAAGCCCAGUGCCGAAAACAGUGAUGAACUGAUUUAAACAGUGCAGUGAUUAGUGUUAUUAUAUUUUGUAGAGGUGAUUGGUGUAGGAGAUGACUGACCAAAGUUGAAUUCGAUCUAUGAAAUAGUGUAUAAGCUCUUGGGUUUUAGAUCAGAUUUAAAUUCAUCCGAGCCAACUAAACUACCUAGACCGGAGACUAUGUAAUUCAAUAUCUGUAGUGACAGUUCACAGCAUUGCCAAUCACCUUUUAACAAUUAUCUUUUUACUAAGGUUGGCUAUCGUUGACCAAAAAUUGAAUGUAUAUAUUUUAAUAGUACAAAGAAAUCUAUGUUAGUAUGUAAAUAAUAUUGAACAAUAAACACCAGUUCUAAUGCCUUAAUCUUGAGUAAUUGUGGCAGCUUUCUAACAUGUAUGUGUAUUAAUAGGCUGCAAGUUAGUAUAGAUGUGACAAUGAACAUGUAAUGAAAAGCAUAUCUGAUAACUAUAUUUUUGCAUUGAUUUUAGGGAAUAAAUUGUUUACAGAAACCAUAACUUGUUUGAUCAAAUCGAUAAUUUAAGAUAUUGUACAGAAUUGCAAGUUGUAAGACGGGUUUGCCACACCUAUACUGACAUGUAACAUGUAUAUCUUUUCUCAUUGAGAGAACAAUGCUGAUAAAGUACAAAAUUAAUUGUAAAAUUGUAUUAAAAAUAUUUUGUAUGAGCUGAUGAAGAGCGUACUUGUAUAGUGCAAUAAAAGGAUUACGUUUUAUAUCCGUUUACAGUAAAGGAGAUAUUGGCAUGUACUGUGAUAUGAUAAUAUUAUAUUGGAGGUCGCUUUGAAAGAGGAUAUACAAGUGAGCAAUAGAGAAAAAUAUGCAGAUUAUUUGUUGGAAUGCAUGGGCAAUAAUCUUUGGUAGAAAUUAAAAAUAAUCAAAUUUAAAUUACAAAAUAACUUUGUUUGAUUCAAUAUUGUUUCAAUGAGUAUUAAUCUUUUGUACAUGUUUGUUUCUUAAACUUUAAUUCAACAACUGGUUUUUUGAAUUGUUAUAAGUGGUGUGAAUGUAAUCAUAUGAAUUUAAUAUAAUAUUUUGCCAGCCUCAAUUCAUUACCCUCCAAUAAUAUUAAAAGAAAAUUGAUUCAUAAAACCAGUGCUUCAGGUAAAUAGUGGAGGUAGCGUUUUAGCGCCUGCUGCAAGUGCCAUUGCCAGUGAUUGGUUGUUGAUUGGUGAAAGUGUUGAUGCUUAUUUGAAAUUGUUAAAAGGUCUCCCUCCAUACAAUUAUAUUUCUUUCAAUCCUUCCUGUGUAAUGUCUCCUGAUAAAUUGUUUCUAAAGUGAACACUACUCUAGGGUUGCUGAGCACUUUAGUGGGUAUUGGAUGAGACAACUGACCAGUUAUGUAACACUAAAUCAAGUCAAGGAAUGGUUGGUUGGUGACCAUCUUUGAAAUUAAUCAGACAAAAACGUUAAUGGCAUGUGAUGGCAAUAGUUUCUUCAAAUACCUGUCUAAUGUCCAUAACAGAUUGUUAACAAGCAUAGAAAGAACAGACUAGUAAAGUUCUAAAGAGGAAACUAUCUUCUUGCUACGCUUGGUAAAGGCAACCAAUAACAGUAACAAUUUUGAUCUACUCACAUUCGUUAGACAAAGUGUGAUGAUCACACUUGCAUCUUACACUGAAGUUUUGGAAUCUGAACCGAGGGCCACACAACAGAGAAGUGACUAUUUAUGUUCAGUAAAUAAAGGUUGAAGAUGAGACACAAUCUAUAGUUUACUUAUAUGUAAAUACUCUUUUGUUUCGAUCAUUAUAUGCUUUAAACAUUUAUUGACUUCCAAAGAAACUUUGAAGUAUUAUAGUAAUUGAUACCGUGUGCAAUGUAACUGGGUAACCAUACUGUUUAUGUAAAUUUUGUUCAGAAGCUCAUUCUAUUUGAUGUGUAUAUGCUGUUUUGUUUUUUCAAUUUAAUAUACAUACAUAGUUUUUGUACAGUCUGUGUUUAGAGAUAAUAAGUUUUUCUAUUUGUUCAUAAAGUGCCUCUCAUGUCCUGAACUAUCAAUAAUUCAUUGUAAGAUAUUGUAAAUGAAUGCUUUACUUAAUUCAAGGCUGUAUAGAAUCGAUAGCAUAGUAUAAUUAUUAUGUGUAAAGUAAUGUUUAGUUUUAUCAUUGUGAUAGUAUUAAUUGAUGUUAGUGUUUAUAUCCGUCAGCUGUGUGUUAACAGUUGGGCCUAAAUGAUGGGUGGUUUUAUAUUUUGUACUUGUCUAAGUUUACAUACACAACAUGCUGAUUUGUUUACGCUUCACACUUACAGGUUAUUUUUGGUGUUAUCCUAGUUAUUUAUUGCCAAAUGUUAUUAACAAUGUUUCAUUUAAAGUUUGAUUUGAACCGGUCUCCGGAGACGACAGACUUAUAGGAUACAGUAAAUUAUUUUUAAGCUCUUUAUGUUAUAAAUGUUAUUUGUUACUAACGUGUAGAAUAAAAUAUUGUAAAUACAUAACAGUAAGGACCUUGUAGCAGGUGUUAUCACACAAAAUAUAAUUUUGUGAAAUA